AUGAUGAAAACGUCACAGAGUCGUCAAGAAAGUUACCAUGACAAUAGCAGGAAAGAACUUGAGUUCCAGGAGGGAGAUCACGUGUUUUUUAGAGUUACACUGGUAACUGGUGUUGGUCGAGCUUUGAAGUCUCAAAAGCUCAGGUCGAGUUUUAUUGGUCCGUACCAGAUUUUACAGAGGAUAAGAGAGGUGGCCUAUCGGAUUGCUUUACCGCCACCGCUUGCGAAUUUUCAUGAUGUGUUUCAUGUGUCUCAGUUGAGGAGAUACAUUUUGGAUCCAUCUCAUGUGAUUCAGGUGGAUAAUGUGCAGGUGAGAGAUAACUUGACUAUUAAGGUAUCACCUAUGCGGAUAGAGGAUCGAGAAGUGAAGCAGAUUCAUGGUAAAGAGAUUGCCUUAGUGAAGGUAGUUAAGGGUGGACCAGCUGGUGGGAGCAUGACUUAG